AGUUGAGAGCUGAUCUGUGGAAUUUCUAAAGUCUAGGGGGGUCUUGUACAAACUCCCAUUUUAACCCCAAAGGACUAGUUGCUGCGUACAAAAACAGGGACCCGGUCUCUGCGGACUACCCAACACGAGAACCUAAGUCUCAUCUCCGAACACAAAACACAGAGAGCAGAACGGAGAUGGAAGGUUCUGCUCCUCCGCCGGUACCAUCACCGCCGAUUCACCCAUCAAUCCUACCUCUAUCCUACCUCUUAGGAAAGUGGAGAGGCGAGGGCGAGGGCGGUUACCCGACCAUCAACUCCUUCAAGUACGGCGAAGAGCUCCUCUUCUCUCACUCUGGAAAGCCAGUGAUCGCUUACAGUCAGAAGACGUGGAAGCUUGCCUCCGGCGAGCCGAUGCACGCGGAGAGCGGGUACUGGCGCCCGAAACCCGAUGGGUCCAUCGAGGUCGUCAUUGCUCAGAGCACCGGCCUUGUUGAGGUCCAGAAAGGUUCCUUUGAUGCAGAAAAGAGAACCGUGACUCUUCAAAGCGAACUAGUUGGGAAUGCAUCAAAGGUGAAGGAAAUAAGCAGAGUUUUCAAAGUGGCGGAUGGCGAGCUGUCUUAUGUGGUUCAAAUGGCAACGCAACUGAAUACUCUUCAGCCACAUCUCAAAGCUGUGCUCAGAAAACUUUGAAGUGUUUCGCGUUACCUCAUUAAGCUCGAAAGAGAUGAAUGCCAGCUCGUUAAAAGUUUUUCAGCAUUAUUAACGAUUCCUUAAUCUUAUAACCCGGUUUGUAAACAAUUUACGGUAUGGAAAAUACGUAGAACCCCCAUGAUUGUUAUGAGAAAAUAUUAGCUAAGUUUGUUGAUCAGGAUUUUGUACAUUGAUUUGUGCUUAAUAACAGCCUUCAAAAGCGGCGUGAAUAUGGUCCCUAGAAGCACCAUACAUACAAAAUUCUGAAAAAAAAUUGAGUAAAUUGAAUACAUUUGUUGAUCA